AUGGUGAUCUUUCUCAGGCCCAUUGCAGGUGCUCUAGUCACGCUUGUCGUCUACCCAGUGUUGUUCCUGAUCUCCCUGGGCAUCCAAUAUGCCCGGUCCGUGCUGCCGCCUGGCAUCGACCAGCCUUUGAAACUCCGCUUCUACCAUGCGACAUUCAUCUCCGUGUUCCUCUGGGGAUCGGUUUUAGAGAAGUUGCGCCUGUACAAAUUUCUCAAUGUCCUGCGACUUGUGACCAACGGACUCCCGCCUUUUAGGGAUCCGUCGCUUCUCAUCCAGAACGAGAAAUUCGGUGACGUGGCAGUAAAGAUCUACCAGCCUAAGAAGGCAUCAACGACAAAAAGGAAAGGGCUCCUUUACUUCCACGGAGGGGCUGGUACCUACGGAAGCGUUGACUCCUAUGAGAGAAUAUUGCGGUAUAUUUGCAAAGAAGCUGACGCAGUUGUUGUGGCUGUCAAGUAUGGGCUGGGGCCUGAGAAUCCCUUCCCCAACCAAUACGUCGAGUGCGAGAAGGCUGCCAUCCAUUUUAUGAAGCACGCGGAGGAUUUCAACGUGGAUGCAUCCCGAAUCGCCAUUGCAGGGGAUAGCUGCGGGGCAAACUUUGUGGCGCGGAUUUGUCAGCUCCUGGUCAGCCGGGACGACCUUCCCAAAGUCCAUGCCCAGGUCUUGAUCUACCCAGGGCUGCAGGGGAUGGACUUCUAUUUGCCUUCCUACCAACAGAACAGCCGGGUGCCCAUCAUGUGGCGGGAAACCGUCAUCUAUUUCUGUUGCCUCUACCUCAACAAGACCACGUCCCUCAUCAACGAUGUCCUGGAAAGCUGCCACGUUCCAGCGGCUAUCCGGCAGAAGUACCGGAAAUGGGUGCAUGCGGAUCUCAUCCCCGACAAAUUCAAAGUCAGGGGCUACAAACCCCAAGACCCUGCCUUAUAUAAAUUUAAACCCGAGGUCUAUGAAGAAAUGAAAGACAUCUUGGAAGAAACCUUUUCACCCCUUUUCGCCAGCGACGAUGUCGUCCACAAGCUUCCGCAGACGUUCCUUUUGACCUGCGAGUUUGACGUCCUUCGGGACGACGGACUCUUGUACAAGAAGCGGCUGGAAGACAACGGGGUGCCGGUGACGUGGGUCCAUGCGGAGAACGCCAUCCAUGGCGUCGCAAUCCUGUUCGGUUAUGGGAUCUUCUCGUUCCCGUCGGCAAAACGGAUCGUGCGCGAGACCACAAGAUUUAUCAAGAACCUAUGA